GGGCAGGUAGAAGGCGUAUGCGCGUGAUAUGAUUGGCGUAAUUACACAGCACGUGACAUAAGAAGACGCACAGCUUCUAGGGUGCCUCUACUUCUCUAAUGUUGCCUGUUUUAUCUACGACCCUAGACUUGAAAGUUCGAUCCGAUAGGGAGGGUAUGUUUUUUCAUCGUUCCAAAUGAUGUAGGUAAAAAACAGUUGCCUGUUGGAUUCUCUAUGUUUAAUUUAUUGAUUGCGGUUACUCAAUUAUGAAUGAAGCGUAGCCGAUUCCUGGUAGUCUCAUAGUUCACCGCGAAGCAACAAAUCAGCAUCAAGUCUUCCUCUCCUUCACUCAAAUUUUUCAAGCAAAUCACUGCUACUACAACCGCCCUCUGUCUCAUACACAAAGAACGCAUUGUUCGAGGCUGUCGGACGCUUCGUUACUCGUCCAGGUGAGGCGCAAACGUGUUUAGCAAGUUGCGGUUACGUCAUGUAAUCAUUAAUCAGCAUAUAUGAUGACGAGAAGCCCAGCUGUACUGUAGUACGGCUCAAAAGACGAAAACUACCUUACUCUUGCUUUCAGAAAGUCUGGAAUAAAUCAAGAACAAUGUAAGUUCGGAAAAAGAAAAAAGACGAAACGUUUACAGGAUAAUUCUACUGAUGCAAUGACGAAGGAAUGAAGCCAAACGUGCGACGUUCGGAAUUGGAACCGGAUAGGACUACACAAGCUGCUCUAGACUACCCUAUAUAAUACAGUUUCCGAGCCAAAGUUUGUCAUUCUGAGAUUCAGUACACUUACGAUAGCUAUGGCUAGCGCUGCUCGAGAACUUGUGCGGAGACUUGUUGCUCAACACCGCGUCGUCGUCUUCUCGAAAACCUACUGUCCUUACAGCAUGGACGCCAAAGCUGUCGUGAGAUCGGCUACAAAGGGAAUCGCUUCAAGUUCGAGCAUCAAAGACAAACUUCUGGUUCUGGAGCUCGAUCAAAGAGGAGACGAAUCAGACAUGCAGGCUGCUCUGUCCGAGCUGACUGGUCGAACCUUCGGUCCCACGGUGUGGGUGGGUGGCAAAUUCAUUGGAGGAAGCACUGAAACACGAGAUCUGUAUGAAGGAGGCAAAUUGGAGAAAAUGGUCAACUCUGCCAUGGCAUCCUGAUCCUGAUACAACUAGCAAUGGUGUCUACUUUCAAGAAGACAACACAAUUUUAACUCUAUUUUGCUUUCAUAGCAUGAAGUUUGUAAGAUCAGUGACUGGAUUUAGAUCUAAUCUUAGACUUUAGGAUUUAUAUUUGAGAACAGUUGUUACCUAAAUUCUAUUGGAAAAUACAAAAAGGUCAGAUCUGUAGAACAC